AGCUUACCUAGACUUUCCAAAGAACUAAGGCACAGCAAUUGAAACAAACAGCAGCGAAGAAGUAGCAGCAAUGGCUGAAGCUGAAGCAGCAAUUUCGAAACAAGAGGAAGGAGGGCAAAGAGACAAUCAUCCCAUGACGAAAGGCAGAAAGGAGAAGAGGAAAGAAAUUAAGAAGAUGAAGAGGAAGCAGUUGAGGAAGGAGGCAGCGGAGAAGGAGAGGGAGGCGGAAGAGGCCUGGCUCAACGACCCCGAGGAGCAAAAGAGGAUUGCUAGAGAGGAGGAGGAGGAGCGAAAGAGGAGAGAGUUAGCUUUGAGGGAGUUCGAAGAGAGGGAGAGAGCGUGGAUCGAGGCUAUGGAUAUUAAGAGAAAAGCUCAAGAAGAUGAGGAAGAAGUGGAGAAGAGAAGGGAUGAUUCCGAGGAUGCAAACGGAGAACAACGGCAACAGGAAGAUAGGGGUGAUGAUUGGGAAUACGUAGAAGACGGCCCUGCUGAAAUUAUCUGGCAAGGAAAUGAGAUCAUUGUUAGGAAAAAGAAAGUUAGGGCUCCAAAAGGAGAAGCAAUUCAAAAGUGUAAAGAAGAGGUAAAAUUAUCACAGUCGCUCAUGAUUUAUAUUUUUCAUGCUAUGUUUUCUUUUCUCUUUUUGGCAACGGUUCGGGAUCUUGAAGGAUUUUGCACACAGGACGCUGAUAGGCCUACAUCAAAUCCUCUUCCUCCACAAUCUGAAGCUUUUUCAGACUACCUGAACACAUCAUCAGCACAAGAGGUGUUAGAGAGUGUUGCUAAAGAAGUACCUAACUUUGGAACUGAACAGGAUAAAGCUCAUUGUCCUUUCCACUUAAAGACCGGAGCCUGUCGAUUUGGUCAGCGUUGCAGUAGAGUUCAUUUUUACCCUGAUAAAUCAUGCACGCUGCUCAUGAGGAACAUGUACAAUGGUCCUGGCCUUGCAUUGGAGCAAGAUGAGGGGCUUGAGUAUACAGAUGAAGAGGUUGAACAGUGUUAUGAAGAAUUUUACGAGGAUGUGCACACAGAGUUCUUAAAAUUUGGGGAAAUUGUUAAUUUUAAGGUGUGUAAGAACGGUUCAUUCCACUUGAGGGGAAAUGUUUACGUGCAUUAUAAAUCACUAGAAUCUGCUGUCCUUGCUUAUGAUUCAAUAAAUGGGCGAUACUUUGCUGGCAAACAGGUAAAAUGUGAGUUUGUCAACAUUACCAGAUGGAAGGUUGCCAUUUGUGGGGAAUUUAUGAAGUCAAGAUUGAAGACAUGUUCUCGUGGAACUGCCUGCAAUUUUAUCCACUGUUUCCGGAACCCUGGUGGAGACUACGAAUGGGCAGAUUGGGACAAACCACCCCCUAGGUAUUGGGCGAAAAAGAUGGCUGCUUUAUUUGGAUAUGGUGAUGAGGCUGAGUUUGAGAGACAGAUAGAGCAAGACAAUUCUGGGCAUUUGAGGAACCCUAACCAUCUGGUAAAAUCAGAUGAUGAUAGGCACCGCUCUAGAAGAUCAAGAUCCAGGGAGAGGGGCAAGAAUAAUGAUAGAAAACAAAGAAAAGAUUUAGAUGGAAGAUGUGAUCGACAGAAGACAAUUUUAAAACGGGAACAAAACAGUGAGAGAAUCCUUGAUACCUGUUCUGAUGGAGGUUAUUCAGAAAGUGACAUAGAUGGCUCCAGAGAUACUGAUAAAAUUAGAAGCCAUUUUCAUGCUAAGAGAAACUCAAAAUGGCAGAGUGAUUCAUCAGAAUACUUGGCUGAUACGAACAGGGUCUAUGAAGACACAGAAUGUCAGACCAAGAAAAGGAGAAGGCAUCAAAGUAAAGGGGAAUACCGAGAUGAUCAUGGAGGCAGUGGUGUCCGCAUUCAUGAAGAUGAUGGAGAUCAGUUGGAUAGAGACAGAGACAGUGAAAUACACCACAGCCAAGGUAAAAGCUCAAGACACUAUAUCAGAGAAUCAUCCCUGAAUGAUUGGGGGCCUAGCAAGAACAAAAUUCAUGUUUCAGAUUCACUUGUAAAGCAGUUGAGUACUGUCAGUGACAGAGAAAGUCAUCAUCAUAAUAGACAGAAAAGCUCAGGAAACCUGGACGAAGUUUUAGGACCUGAUGAUUAUGGCAAUGCUGACUAUAGGACUCAUGAGAGUAAUUCUAGUGAUCAUGGGUCUGAGAGGGAUAAGGGCAGACAUCAUGAUCAUCAGAGUAAGCAUUCACGACACUUGGUUGAAUGUUCUGAACUCUUAGAUGCUCCAGUUCAUCAAGCAAAGUUAAAAGAUAAACGAGACCUAAAAAGGGGUAGGCACUCAAGGCACAGGUAUGAGGAGAUUGAUUCUUCCGAUGAUCGUGAGGGGAAACAUCAUGUAAAACGCAGAUCCCAUGGUCACAAAAGACAAUGAGAAAAGGCCAAAUAGGGAUACUUAAAUUCUAGCAUCAUUAAUAGAAAGCUUCUAAUCUUUAUAAUUUUUUAUGAGUUAGCUCUAGGAUCCAAGGUGUAGCUUCUUCUACGGUCGUACACAAUCUAAAGAUGCGGCAACUUGUUUAGGAACAUAUUGCACAGUGGAAGCAAUGUACGUUAACUAGACUUGCACCGACCUUGCACGCUAGCAUCCAAUCUAAAUGUUAGGGUCCGUUUGAUUGCCAGUAAAAUGUUUUCCGUAAAAUGAUUUUUGGAAAAUGUUUUACUUUUCUGUAAAAUGAUUUACUGGAAAAUAUUUUCUGGUGUUUGAUUGAAUCUGUGUAAAAUAUUUUCUGUUGCUUGAAAA